AUGUUACAUGGCAGCUUGCCGACGCGACGCGCCCUCGUCUCGGCGGCAGCGCUUCUUUCAGCGCCUCGUUUACCAGCGCACGCGAUCUCGCGCUGGUCGCUCCCAAACGGUGAGGUCUCGCUUCGAGAGCCUAGCUUCGCCUGCGGCGGCAGCAGCUACGAGGCGCCAAUCCUUCUCGGCGCUGGCGGCUCUGGCGCGGCGCUCUCGGUAUCGCCAUCGUCGUCUCGGCCGGCAGUCAAGGGCGAGCGGGUGGUGCUCAAGGUCUCGUGGUCCUCUCCCGGCGCGGCGGCGGCCGUGCGCAACGAGGGAGCCGUCCUGGAGCGGCUGAAUGGCGUCAAUGGCGUCGAACGGCUCCUCGGCAGGUGCGACUACACUGCCAUUUCGGGCGGUGGAGAGCCGGGAGGCUCCGGCCGGGUCGCCCUGUUGCUAUCGCCGCUGGUGGAGGACGCGGUGGACUCGAUCGGCGCCCUCACCGACGCGCGCAUGCAGGAGGCCGCCACGGCGCAGCUGGCGAGCACGGUGAUCGCCAUCCUCGCGGCAAACGUCUGCUCUACCGAUCUGCAGCUGCUGAUUGACCGGCGGACGGCGGCGCUGACGGUGAUCGACCUGACCGAGGCGCGGGUCAUGGCGUCGCCGCCGUCGGACGCCGACCUCGCGCAGGCCGCCUCCUUCGCCACCGAGGCCCGCAACCAGGUGCCGGCGCGCUGGCUGGGGUACUUUCAGCAGCGCGCGAGAGAGGAGGCAGCAGAGCUUGCGCGGCGGCGCGGCCCGCCUGCGGACCCUGAGGUGCUGCAGGCGGCACUGGACGCGGUGGCGAGUUAGCUGAGUUUGGAUUGCCAGUCGAUUUCUUUAUGUAUUAUGUGUCGCGGCCUG